AUGAGGAGAUAUGCAUCGGCCGAGACAAGAAGCGAUGGCAAUUACCACAUUCCCUCCCACUUCUAUCAAUCCACGCUAACUGUCACCAACAGUCAAUACGUCGUCAACGAUCCGGUUGUCUCAAACCGCCAUCUCCGCAUCUAUACCAUCAUCUUCGACCGAGACAACCCCGAUGAAGUCGCUCCAUUGGUAUACGCGCAGGACAUCUCACUCAACGGUACCUCAUGGAACAACUAUCCCAUGGGCAAAGGAAACGGAAGCUUCCUUCUCAGUGAUGGGGACGUUCUGAAGCUAUCACCGGAUUUCCACCUACUGUACCGGCGUGAGGCCCACAAAGACGAGAACCACUUUGACAUGCUACAGACGGUUGAGAUGAGAGUAUUCGAGGAUCAGUACACGAUCACGCAGCGGAAACUGGGCUCUGGGGCAUACGGGAAGGUGCAUAUGGCGUUUGAUAAGCAAACCGGUCAGCAGCUUGCAUGCAAGAUUAUUGAUCUGCGGAGGUUGAAGGAGACGGUGAUUGAAGAGUGUCAGCAAUGGACGUCAAGGUUCUUCGCAAAAAGAACGAACCGUGUUCUCGCUGCCCGGGAGAGUGAUGAGUACAUUUCACGGAAGAUUCAGGAAAAGCUCGAGGUAUAUGGUCGUGAGGUAAACAUUCUGGCGAGACUCUGCCACCCGAAUAUCAUCAGCGUGGAGAGGGUGAUCAGAUCCAGCAACACCAUCUAUCUAUUUCAAGAUUUGGUGACAGCCGGAGAUCUGUUCUCAUUCAUCCAAUACAAAGGUGGAAAACUGGGUGACGUCGAGGCGGCUGUCAUUGUGCGGCAGGUUCUCCUGGCAUUGGACUAUCUACAUGGCCAGAACAUCGUCCACCGAGAUCUGAAGCCAGACAACGUUCUCAUGACGUCCCUGGCAGAUGGAAGUAGGGUCAUUCUUACGGAUUUCGGAUGUGCCAGACUAGUACCUCCAAGAAUCGAAAGAAUGUCGACCAAAAUAGGCACCUAUGACUAUAGUGCUCCGGAACUACUGAUUCGCAGUGGACAAGGUUAUACGAAAGCCGUCGACCUAUGGUCGUUGGGAUGCUUAACAACUGUUCUCCUUACUGGAGAACCUGCUUUUAGUGAGCCAUUUCCCAACGCUGAAGCUCCUGAUAUUGCUCAGCAAGGCGCACUCAAAGCCUUAGAGGUAAACCUCUCAUGUAAUAACAUUGGCAAGCGAGCCCAAGACUUUGUCCUUCAACUCCUGAUAUUCGACGAGGCCAAGCGCAUGGACGUGAAGCAGGCUUUGGGUCACUGCUGGUUCACCAAUCCCUCUCAUAAAGAAGCCUUUGAGGCACUUUACAAACGCUCCACUAGAGAUUGGAAGCUUCGAGAGCCAAAGCAACCUUUGAUGGUGGAUCUUCGCAGCCUUAUUGACGGCCGCAAUAAUGCGCAGCAUUGUGAAGAUGAUUCAGUACUCGAUCCUGAGUUAGGCGGAGAGGGCGACGAACUGCACAUAGAUACAGGGGCCGUUGAGAUGAUGGGUUUUUCGAUAACCAGUAGCCCGUCAGAUUCUUCAGAGCAGUCGCCAUCGGCUGAAAACCAUACCGCGUUGUCUCCUACAUUGUCGGACCCCGAACUACCACCGCAUCAUUGCCAGAGAAGUAACUUGCAUUCAGGAGAAAGCAAAGAGACGGUUGAUAAUGAGUUGGAGACACCUGAAGCCGCUCAUCAUCGCCAAAUGGCAGAAUUAUUCUACGACAAAUCCUACACUCAAAGCACAAGCGGUAGUGAGCAGUUUGACCGGUCUGCGUGGACAUCACAGGUCAUGCCACCUGACCAUAGAAGUAUUCCAUGCUUGACAGCCUCAAUGGCCAUCCGUGCUUGA